GAAAGGAUAGCAGGCGAUUUAGAGGAAAACCGAAGAUUUCUUGUCUUUUCACCAAUUAAUUUCUGUAUAUUUUUGCAGACAGGAUUAUGUAUUGCUGGUUUAUAUGCGAUCUAUCAAAUGAUGUAUAUGUUUUUAACUCCUUUACUUUGGGCAACUUUAGUUGGAACGAUUUUAUUUCCAAUAAAACGACGAAUCAGUUCGGCAUUGAAUGUUUUUUGUUUUCUUCAAUUUUUCAGUUUUGCUAAGGUUUUAUUCUUUAAUUUUUUUGACAGAAAAGAGGGACUUAUUACUUUGGCAAUUUUUAUCCUUUUGAAAAUACUCAAUUAUGGAAUAUUGCUAUAUUUUAUAAGCGUUAUUGCGAAUAUCUAUAAUACGAUCGAUAACUUCAUUCUAUUCAUGAACAGGAAAUGGGUUUUACCGCUUGCCAUAGUAUAUUUGGCAGCUUAUAUGGGUUGGAUUUAUCUUUUUGAUGAAAAAUCGGUCAAUAAAAAAGUUGCCCGUGUAAUUUCUGUUCCAUUGUGGAUUUUUGCACUUUCUUUUAUAUCAGUUUUUUUUGGACCAUUACGCGUUUUGAUAUUCAUCGCUUUAGCCAGUGUACUUGGUCUCAUUGCUUGCGGAAUUAUAUCUGCUGAUGAGGAUGAGGAGAAACGUAAGAUUUUUUUCUUCAAAUCAUGGAUUAAUUUAUACUUUAUAGGAUUGGCAAUAAUGAGUCAAACAGGAAUAGCAGAUUUUAUUUCCUCAUCAAAAGAUGCGAUUUACGCAUAUAUCAAACGAAUAGUACAUGUCACAGUUGCUAGUCCGUUAAGAAAAUUUUUUAAACUUAUCUUUACAAGUGACAAAAUGUUUCGUAAUUCGAUUCAAAUUUUUCUGGACGAUAUUUCAACUAUGAUUGUUAUUGGUCUACUUGCUUUUGGUUCUUUAUUUCUUAUCAUUUUUGUUAUCUUUCAAUUACAUAACGAAGCAAUUCUUUUAACGAAGUUGGGAUCAAAUGUAUUCGCACAACAACCGGAUUGGCUUAAUUUUGCUAUGAAUUAUACUGGGGAUCAAUUUCAACCAAAUGAUUUGGACAGUUAUGUGGAGCAGGGUUAUCAGAAGGGACGUGAAUGGAUUGUCUCCAAUAUUCGGUCACUUGUGGAUCCAAAAGAUACUGAAAGAGCUGAUAAACUGGAAAUGGAAGUCAUUGAAGUCCUUGAUAAUUUUUACCGUAUGUGGGAGGAAAGAAGUACGAAAAAUAUCUAUGAAAAAUCCUCCGAUCAGUGGAUAAGCCAGUUGACGAGUGUAACGAAUCUCAGCGCUCUCAAAGAAGAAAUUAUAAAAAUCAUACAAGAGAAUGUUCAAACGAUAUUACACAUUUUGCAAUCAAUGUGGUCAUUGAUAUUGAUGAAUAUAUCACUUAUUGGUUCAUUUUUCUUCUCGACAAUCGGUGUAGUUAUUGUUUUUGGUUUAGGGAUUUUGAAUUUCUUCAUUAAAAUCAUAGUUUUUUUAACUGCACUUUACUACUUGCUGUCUAGUAGUUAUGAUGAAUGGUUGCCUCUGAAAUGGAUCAGCAAUUCGAAUGAUCAGAGCGAUUCUAAAUCGAUGAAUAUCAGUGAAGCCAUAGAAAGUGCUAUAAGUGGUGUCUUUGUUUUAUCGUUGAAAAUGGCCACAUUUUAUGGAUUAUAUACUUAUUUUGUGCAUACAAUAUUUGGCUUACAUAUUAUUUUUGUUCCAUCAAUGUUGGCUGCAAUAUUUGCUGCAAUUCCUAUCGUUGCACCACAUUUUGUUUGUAUCAUUGGUGCAAUAGAAUUAUAUAUUGUUCGUGGUGAAAUUGCUGCAGCAUUUCUUUUCGUUCUUGCUAGUUUCGCACCCAAAAUAUUUGCUGAUUUUGCUUUCUAUUGUGAAUUAAGAGGAAGUCAUCCCUACGUUACUGGUUUAGCGAUAAUUGGUGGAAUAUAUUGGCUUGGAUUACAAGGAGCUAUCAUUGGUCCAAUUUUGCUUUGUUCUAUGCUUGUACUUAUGGAUGUUUACCUUCAUUUUAUUUCAUUAAAAUUGUAG